AAUCUGAUUUGAGAAAGAAUAGAAGCAGAGACAUAGAAAAUUAUCAAUAAUCACAAGCACCGUCCAUAUUUUUCAAGAUUCCCUACUAAUCGGAGUACCAUUUCAUUUAUUCCCAUUUCCCCUUUUCCUCAUCCUUAAGAAUCUUCAAAACUCCCCAUAAAAUUUUCAGAUAUUUUCUAUCUUUGUCUUUGCCUUAAAUCAUCAUUUUCUUAUUUUCUGCAUCUCUUCAAUUAUUGGGUUUCUUUGAAGAAAUACAAAUAAGAAAAACAAGUUUUUGGUUGUAGAAGAUGGAUAUUGUUGAAAUUCUUGGAGAGUCUAAAUCAGUGCCUGUUCCAACAAAGAGUGCAAUCUAUGUGUGGGGUUACAACCAGAGAGGGCAGACUGGAAGGCAAGAGAAAGAGCAGAAAUUAAGGAUUCCGAGGCAGCUUCCGCCAGAGUUAUUCGGUUGUCCGGCUGGGAUCAGUACUAGGUGGCUCGAUGUCGCAUGUGGCAGGGAGCAUACGGCUGCUGUAGCCUCAGACGGGUCACUCUUUACUUGGGGAGCAAAUGACUUCGGGCAGUUGGGGGAUGGUACUGAAGAAAGUAGAAAGUACCCAAAGAAAGUGGAUCUGUUGAAAACUGAAAUUGUGAAAUCUGUUUCUUGUGGUUCGAAUUGUACUGCCGCUAUUGCAGAGCCUCGUGUAAAUGAUGAGUCGUUAUCAAAUGGUAGACUAUGGGUGUGGGGCCAAAAUCAGAGCUCGAAUUAUCCUCGUCUAUUUUGGGGAGCCUUUGCACCAAAUACGGUAAUCCGUCAAGUUUCCUGUGGAUCUGUACAUGUGGUGGCCUUGUCGGAGGGUGGCCUUCUUCAAUCAUGGGGAUACAAUGAAUGUGGUCAACUUGGGAGAGGGUUCACUGCUGAAGGAUUACAGGGUCCUGGUAUACUGAAAGCAUACGCAAAAUACCUUGAUGAAGCCCCUGAACUUGUGAAGAUCGUUCAAGUGUCAUGCGGCGAGUACCACACUGCUGCAGUAUGUGAAACUGGGGAUGUCUACACUUGUGGUCUCGGAAACAUGGGUCAACUAGGACAUUGUUCACUUCAAUCCGAAGAUAAAGAAUUAAUACCUAGACGAGUAGUUGCACUUGAAGGGAUUCACAUCACUAGUGUUUCAUGCGGAGGUGUUCAUACCUGCGCGGUGACUGCAAAGGGAGCUCUCUAUACCUGGGGUGGUGGGCAACUUGGUCAGCUCGGCCUUGGUCCACAAGCAACUUCGGCAUCUUUCAUUUUCAAGGAUUAUCAAGUCAUGCUUCGGAAUAUCCCCGCUUUGGUUAUCCCGAGUGGUGUGCAACUUGUUGCAUGUGGUCAUUCCCACACACUUAUAUCUACUUCUGAUGGGAGAAUCCAUGGCUGGGGAUAUAAUAGCUACGGUCAGGCCGCGAAUGAGAAGUCUACGUAUGCUUGGUACCCAUCACCGAUUGAUUGGUGUGUUGGAGAAGUGAGGAAGCUUGCUGCUGGCGGGGGUCACUCGGCUGUGCUGACCGAUGCUUGCUCGUUGAAAGAUUUGUGUGAAUUUAGGCUCGCUGAAAGCGUUACUCUGGCAAAUGCUGCUCAUAUUGAGGAUGUUGCAUUCAGAACCAGCUCUGAUGCUUUAGUACGCCUUUGUGAACGAUUGAGGGAGCUGCAUAAUGGCGGCGAAUGGGAAUCCGAAGAUGAUGAAUCUGGUGCGAGUAAACCUUGAUGGAGCAUUUGAUUACACCAUUGUAUCGGUUUAGAGAGAUCGCUAUGACAAAGCUUCCUUUCUUCUCAUGUAGUUUUAUUAUGUAUAAACCAGAAUGUAAUUAACCAUUAAUUGUAAUGGUAGCAUAAACUAUGCUUACCUAAAUGCUACUCUAUUGGUGCUGAAUUGCAUUAUUUGUUGGUGCAAUGAAGAACUUAAGCUGAAAAUUUGGCAAAA